GGCAGCUCCCAGUUGAGAGUCGCGUGGGAGAGGGAGGUCCACAGAGAGAUUAGAUUAGAUACUCCCACCAGCGUCUUCUUGGAGCCAUGCAGCAGGAGCUCCUAUUCAAAGUGUUGGUCAUCGGCGACUUGGGGGUGGGCAAGACGUCCAUCAUUAAACGCUACGUCCACCACAUCUUCUCACAGCACUACCGAGCCACAAUCGGCGUGGACUUUGCCCUCAAGGUGCUCCAGUGGGACCGGGACACUGUCAUCCGUCUUCAGCUGUGGGACAUAGCAGGACAGGAGCGCUACGGCAACAUGACGCGUGUCUACUACCGCGAGGCCAUGGGAGCGCUGGUGGUCUUUGACAUCACACGGGCAUCUACCUUCGACGCCGUGCUCAAGUGGAAAGACGACCUGGACUCCAAGGUGACACUGAACCAUGGAAGGCCCGUUCCAGCCGUCCUCCUCGCCAACAAGGCCGACCAGGCGAUGUGCCAGCAGCCCAAACUGGACGCCUUCUGCCGAGAGAACGGUUUCGUGGGCUGGUUCGAGACUUCAGCCAAGGAAAACACAAACAUCGAAGAAGCAGCACACUGUCUGGUGGAGCACAUCCUAAGCAACGAGGAGAGCCCGCUCGCCGAGCGAGAGCCCGCCUCCCUCGUCCUGUCCGGGUACGCCAACGCCACCAAGGAGCAUCUAAGCUGCUCGUCUUGUUCGAAAUGACAACUUCCUGGCCAAUCGGAGAGAAAAAAAAACAAACAGCAAAUGAAUGAUGUCUGUUACAGUGGAUACAGUUAAUUGUGUUUUUAAUAUUAUAUUGGGAAUAUUAGAAGUUACUGUUCAUUUCAUUUGUGCAAUUUUCUGCCUCACAGUGGCAGGGUGACACCUUGGCUACUGAGCCAGCAGCAAAAAAAAAAUGUUAUCCUCAUUUUGUGUGGAAGUGGUACGUUUCGGGCUUCUCUGUGCAUCUUCUCCUCUCUGUUCCAAACACUUUCUUUAGCUUAGAAUGUGCUAAUUGGAUACAUGCACUAAUUAGCUCACUAGCUUGCUAUGCUAGCAGCGGCCGUCUGUUAUGUCCCUGUGGUGACACUGUAGCCUGCCCACGAGAUGUAAACAAAGAAUAAUAGCAGUGUAGAAGUGAUUAUAGGGGUGCUAUUUUAUGUAUGGGGGGGGGGCUCUAAUAAUGUGAAAUCUAUAUUUAGAAAGUCAUAAGCAGGUUUUUGAUGCUCUAACAACAAAAAUGAGUGGUUAGCGCUCAGACCUCACAGAUAGGAGACCAGGGUUCAAUUCCAUUCUGGGCCAUCUCUGAGUGGAGUUUGCAUGUUCUACCCGUGCAUGCGUGGGUUUUCUCCGGGUACUCCGGUUUCCUCCCACAUUCCAAAAACAUGCUAGGUUAAUUAGCGACUCCAAAUUGUCCAUAGGUAUGAAUGUGAGUGUGAAUGGUUGUUUGUCUAUAUGUGCCCUGUGAUUGGCUGGCCACCAGUCCAGGGUGUACCCCGAAGACUCUCGCCCGAAGACAGCUGGGAUAGGCUCCAGCAUACCCCCCGCGACCCUCGGGAGGAAAAAGCGGUAGAAAAUGAAUGAAUGAAUAAACAAUAGGAUGCUGUGCCUGGUGGGAUACAGGGUGGUCAUCUAUGAUUCACAGAACUUUUGUGGUAUGUGUUGCAUUUCAACUCCAAAUGAAUGUACUAUAAUAAAAAAGA